UUACAGAAACUCAUCCAAGAAUGUUUAAAGCAGUUGGCAACCAAGAAGCAGCAGCAAGUUGGUAACAUAACCCAGAUAGAAGAUGCUGCCGAGAAGCUCAAGGCUCAUGCAGAGUCAAGCAAAACCUGGCUGGUGGGGAAAUUCACUGAACUCAGAUUACUACUUGAUGAAGAGGAAGUGCUGGCCAAGAAAUUCAUUGAUAAAAACACACAGCUCACUCUCCAGGUGUUCAGGGAGCAAGCUGAAUCUUGCGAGAAGCAAAUUGAUGUCCUGAACGAUCUCUCCAACAGGGUCUGGAGUAUCAGCCAGGAGCCCAAUCCUGUGCAACUGCUUCAGGCGUACACGGCCACCGAGCAGGAGGUGCAGCGGCAGAUGCAUCUCGGGGAGCUGUGCCACCCCGUGCCCCUCUCCUUCGAGCCCGUCAAGAGCUUCUUUAAGGGCCUUGUGGAAGCCAUGCAGAGCACAUUACAGACGCCACUGGAUGCGCGCCUUAAGGAAAACAUGGACUGCCAGCUCUCGGGCUCCUCCAGCGCCAAGCCUGGUACGUUGUUGAAAACAAACUCCUCACCAGAGCGAUCGCUCUUCUUAAAAUACGGCCAGCGCAGCCGCCUGCGGCCCCACGACGACCCCGACCGGCUCGGCGUCUUCCUGGACUACGAGGCUGGCGUCCUCGCCUUCUAUGACGUGACGGGAGGCAUGAGCCACCUGCACACCUUCCGGGCCGCCUUCCAGGAGCCGCUCUACCCGGCCCUGCGGCUCUGGGAAGGAGCCAUCAGCAUCCCCCAUCUGCCCUAGGGGCCAGGGCUGGAGUGACCGCUCCCAAGCGCUCCUUCCGCCUGCAGCCGCUCUGGUCUCAAAUACCCCAGAUCUAUUGAUCUGAUCAGUAGGCUGAUCUACUCGCUGCCUGCCUUCUAAGCCCCUGUCCCUGCCCCAGGCCU